UACCGGGCAAAUUAGUAUGGAGUAUCUUACAAGAAAAGCCUUGUUUUGCUGCUUCUUCGUUUUUACGACCUUUGCAUGUAAUCUGGCACGAGCUGAAGAAGUAGAGGAUGAAAAGGAAUUUAGUUACGAUGAAAGAAGCCACAGGGGACCAGCUCACUGGGGGGAGAUUCGGCCAGAGUGGAGCAUGUGUAACCAUGGUAGCAUGCAGUCUCCGAUUGAUCUGCUGGAUGCAAGAGUUCAAGUUGUGUCAAGCUUGGGAAGACUUCAUAGGGCUUACAAACCUUCUAAUGCCACUCUCGUGAAUAGAGGCCACGAUAUGAUGUUGAGAUGGGUUGAUGAUGCUGGGCAUAUUCAUAUAAACGGGACCUUAUAUCAUCUCAGACAGUGUCACUGGCACUCACCUAGUGAACAUUCUAUUAAUGGCAAAAGGUACGAUCUAGAGGCGCAUUUGGUUCAUGAAGCCCUCAAUGGAAAGAUCGCUGUAAUUGGAAUCAUAUAUGAGAUCGGACGAUCCGAUUCCUUUUUAUCUAUGAUGGAGAAUAAAUUAAAGGCUCUAGCUGAUACAAGAGAUUUGGAGAAAGUUGUGGGUGUUAUUGAUCCAAAGCAGAUAAAGUUAGGAAGCAGGAAGUAUUAUAGGUACAUUGGCUCGCUAACGACUCCUCCUUGCACUCAAAAUGUCGUCUGGACAAUUGUUAAGAAGGUUAGAACUGUUACUAGAGAUCAAGUGAAAAUGAUUCGAGAAGCAGUACACGAUGAGUCGGAAGCCAAUGCAAGACCACUCCAACCAUUACAUAAUCGCCCGAUCAGAAUGUACAGGCCGCAUGCUAAGGAAGAAGAAGAUUGAAAUAUGAGACAAAUUAACGGAUGAAUUAUAGUGCAUUAAUCCUUUCUUUUAUCCUCUUUGGAUGUGCUUAUGCGUGUAAUGUGAAUAUGGGCAUGGAAAUGCUCAUUACCUACCUACGUAAAUCUUGACAUUAAAGUUGAGCUAGUUUAUCAGUUAGAAUACAAGUUCAUAAAAGAUAUACUUAUUACUAGUAUUUAUAAUUUUUUUUUUCAAGAAAGAAACCAUAUAGUAUAAAGCUUUACAAGUGUAUGGAGAUAUAGUAGAGUUUGAGAGUCAAAUGAAGUGACAUUAUUAUGGCUACUUUGUUCACAUUCUUACCAAAUGAUUUGUGUCUGUGGAAA